CAGUUCUCACCUCACCCAAACCUUCCAGUUCAGCCCUCAAGAGCGGCAACAACGUUCUUGCUGCUAACGGGCGCCUGCUACUAUUUCACUUCGCCGCCUCCAUUAACCAUCAAUUCUGUUAAGGCUUAUUCACCGCACUCUUUCCAUGCUUCAACCAUCCCGCUAGAAUUCCGUCGAUUGAGUGAGCCAUCCCAGUGUAGCUUCACACAAGGCUCCAUUCGAUUCAGCUCUCCCGUCUCCCAAACCUGUCCUCCAUCCGCACUCCUCCUGCGACCGCCAUCGUCGCCAUGUCGACCACGCCGAGCAGCACGCAGCCCGCGCAGCAGAGCUUGCUGGCGAAGAAGAUGAUCAUGGGGGGCAGUGUGGUGCUCUGGAUCGCUUUAAGCUUCUCCGUUAUUAUCUUCAACAAGUACAUUCUCGACCGGAGACUACUCAACUGGCCAUUUCCCAUCAGUCUGACCAUGAUCCACAUGGCGUUCUGCUCCUCGCUCGCCUUCCUCCUCGUGAACGUCUUCCGCGUGGUGCCGCCGCUGCCGGGCGGGCUCAAGCCCGAGACGUACUUCACGUGCGUCGUGCCCAUCGGCGCGCUCUACGCGCUGAGCCUGUGGUUCUCCAACUCGGCGUACAUCUACCUGUCAGUCUCGUUCAUCCAGAUGCUCAAGGCGCUCAUGCCCGUCGCCGUCUACCUGCUCGGCGUCGCCUUCCGCAAGGACACGUUCCGCACCGCGACCUUCUCCAACAUGAUGCUCAUCUCCUUCGGCGUCGCCAUCAGCGCGUGGAGCGAGGCGAAUUUCAAUCUGACGGGCGUGCUGCUGCAGCUGUCGGCCGUCGCGUUCGAGGCGACGCGGCUGGUGCUCAUCCAGAUCCUGCUCAACUCCAAGGGCAUCUCGCUCAACCCAUCACCAGCCUCUACUACAUCUCGCCCGUCUGCCUGCUCUUCCUCUCUCUGCCCUGGUUCCUCGUCGAGUUCCCCAAGCUCUUGCCGGUCAUGGCGGCGGGCGCGCACCCCAGCAUCAUGGUGUUCGGCGUGAACUGCGUGUGCGCGUUUGCGCUGAACCUCUCGUUCCUGCUGAUCGGGAAGACGUCGGCGCUGACGAUGAACGUGGCGGGGAUCAUCAAGGACUGGCUGCUCAUCGCCUUCUCGUGGUCCGUUAUCGCGGAUAAGAUCACCACGUUCAACCUGCUCGGGUACCUGCUAGCGUUCGCGGGCGUGUGCUGGUACAACCACGUUAAGAUGCAGGAGAUGAACGCUAAGGAAGCAGCCAGAAAGCAAGCACAACAAGCGGAUGAGGAGACGGUUUGCUUGAGGCCACCAGAGAAGCUCAGAAGUAGGCCAGACUGGCCUAAGGCUGUGGCUGUGGCUGCAGCACUUCCUGUCUCCUUUAUUUCAAUGCUCCCAAUUGGUAGCCCAUAGCUGUACAUGAUGAAGGUUUUAGGUGAAUCCCCUGACAUAGCUGCCCUUUCUAAAUGACCGUCCAAUCUUUGUUAGGUCUUAACAUUCUCUGGUGAGAAGAAUUGCUCUAUUUGUUAAUAGCGGGGUCAGUGCGCCCAUAGCCCCCCCAGGCUCUGCACCUAUUAUCAGAAAGAAAAUGAUUGAACUAAAAUGUGUGUGUACAAGGAUAUAUAGACUAGGGUGUUGUACUAAG